GUUAAAUUUCCUCAACCGCCAAACACCACCACUCCACCUCCGAUCCACUCCUCGCCAUCGAUCUCGCCAGCAGUCCACAUAGACGCGCCGGCGACUAGCUUAGGGAGCGCUAGAAGUUUACUGCUCGCUAGACACAGUCCCUACAUUUUAUGGAAGAAGCUUAAACUCUCUGUAUUUUCAGUUAUCUUACUCAUAGAGUUGUUAUCGAAACCAUGGCACUGCGAUUGGUGACUAGGAAGUUAGGGAGUAAGCUCUUACCAAUGUGCUCUUCUGCUUCUCUACUGCAUUCACAUGCGACUAGCUUUGGAUAUAAAGAAGUACGGGAAGAAGAUAAAAGUCAAUUGGUUGGUGAUGUCUUCAGCAGUGUUGCUUCUAACUAUGAUCUCAUGAAUGAUUUGAUGAGUGGUGGAUUGCAUAGAUUAUGGAAGGAUAGAUUGGUUUCCAAACUGAAUCCAUUCCCAGGAAUGAAGCAUCUUGAUGUGGCUGGUGGAACAGGGGAUGUUUCUUUCAGGAUCCUAGAAACCAUAAACAGCAUCAAACGUAGGGAAACACAAGAUGUUCUUGAAGACGAUUUACAGGAAGAAACUCGGAUAUAUGUUUGCGACAUCAACCCAAACAUGUUAAAUGUUGGUAAAAAGCGGGCCUUAGAGAGAGGUCUUGGAGAGGACAAAUCCCUUGUGUGGGUAGAAGGGGAUGCAGAAGCCUUGAGCUUUGACAAUCAUACAAUGGAUGGCUACACUAUUGCAUUUGGGAUUAGGAAUGUUACACAUAUAGAGAAGGUUCUUGCUGAAGCUUACAGGGUACUAAAACGCGGAGGAAGAUUUCUUUGCCUUGAACUGAGCCACGUGGAAAUUCCUGUAUUUAAAGAAUUCUACGACUAUUAUUCAUUUCAAGUUAUUCCAGCCAUAGGGGAGCUGGUAACAGGUGAUCGGGGUUCUUAUCAGUAUUUAGUUGAGAGCAUCCGCCGUUUUCCACCACAGGAGAAAUUUGCUUCGAUGAUUGUGGAAGCAGGGUUUCAGAAGGUUGAGUAUGAAAAUCUUGUUGGAGGAGUUGUCUCCAUCCAUUCAGGAUUAAAGAUUUAGAGGUCCACAUCUGAAUCAGAAAUCCCCUCUUGCCCAAUUUUAUUCAAUCAAUUUCAUUCUUGUUUAAUCCAUUAGGAA